AUGUCUUCUUCUUUAGACUGCAGUGCCAAUUUUGUAGAAACAGAUUCUUGUGUUAAUGUAGCUGGACACGCUAAGUCUCCAGCCUCGUUGGAUAGUCUACCCUCGGCCUCCUGGGAAAUAGAUUCCAAUGCCAAUUUUGCUUGGAAUUUCACUGAUUCUCAAAAUGGAUCUCGUUCACAGAAGAACCAGGAUCAAUACAGGACGAUACAAAUGCCAAUCAAGAACAUUGCACCGCCACCACCAGCCUACAACGAAAACGGUCUCUGGCAAUACCCUGAGUACAAAAAUUUUAGCAAACGAAUUCAGACUUUUUGGGAUUGGCCGAGAUUCUUGAAGGGACCGGGUAAAGAAGACUUGGCGCGUGCUGGAUUCAUAUACACUCAAAUCGGCGAUAAAGUAACAUGUUUUUGUUGUGGCAUGACAUUGAAGAAUUGGGAACCUAUGGACGAUGCUUACAACGAACACAUUCGAUGGUCGAAAAACUGUUCCUUUGCCAAUAUGGUGAGCGACGGAAAAAAACACAAAGGCCUCGUCUAA